GCUGGCGGGAGGGCCAGACCCGGAUUUACCUGCUGCUCCCCAGGUGACUGAGUGAGUAGGCAAGUAAAGCUGAGGCCAGGGACCCUAGAAUUUAUGGGCGGAGACUUAGGGGGUCCCUAGAGAGAACCCCGGAGGGAGCCAACAAAGGGCUGGCGAUAGACUGAACAGUCACUAAACUGGAGGGGACGGAAGGCUGGAAUGGAGGUGAUGGACAGGAGAUAGAGAUGGAUGAGAAAUCUGGUCCCUGGAUUUUGACGCUGACAGAGGCAAAAAUCUGCUAACUCAGGGGGCAGACUCUACCAGGGCUGUGAGCAGGCUUGGGGAAUGACCCCCCGAUCUCCAAUCGGCGCCUUCAGCAGCUGCACGGCUAUCUCAAGCUGUCUCUGCCUCUGUUCCUGGCCCUGUCCCCUUUCAGAGCCACCCUUCCUGGUGCCACAUGGGCUCUUGGUCUCCUACCAGGACCUUUCGCCUCUGGGGACCUCGGAGCCUGGGGGUGGCUCUGGGGGUCUUCAUGACCAUUGGAUUUGCUCUCCAGCUCUGGGGGGGUCCCUUCCAGAGGAGGCUGCCUGGGCUGCAGCUCCUUCAACCUUGGGCCCCAAUCCCAGGACCAUCUUCUUCCAACACCCAAUUGAUGUCCCCCUACUUGCUUGUCCCCAUUCCAUCCCGGGCUGUGACUCUUGGGGACUCAGAGGAGGCGCAAGCUCUCUCCUUGCACCACAAGAUAUACAGCCACCUGCUGGUGAGGACCAGACAUGUCCUCUCCUGUCUCUCUCCAGGCUGCCUGGGCUGCAGCUCCUUCAACCUUGGGCCCCACCCCCAGGACCAGCUGCUCUGUCCUGCUCACCCCGACAGCACCUCGUGUUCCUGAAGACGCAUAAAUCUGGAAGCAGCUCUGUGCUGAACUUGCUUCAUCGCUAUGGGGACCAGCACGGGCUGCGCUUUGCCCUUCCCACCCGCUACCAGUUUGGCUACCCAAGGUUUUUCCAAGCCUCUCGAGUCAAAGGCUAUCAUCCCCAGGGAAGAGGCACACAGCCCCCCUUCCACAUCCUUUGUCAUCACAUGAGGUUCAACCUGAAAGAGGUACUUCGGGUCAUGCCUUCUGACAGCUUCUUCUUUUCCAUCGUCCGAGACCCAGCAGCCCUGGCUCACUCUGCCUUCUCCUAUUAUAAAUCCACCUCGUCAGCCUUUCGCAAGGCACCAUCCUUGGCCGCCUUCCUGGCCAAUCCUCGAGCCUUCUAUCGGCCUGGGGCCCGUGGAGACCACUACGCGCGCAACUUGCUAUGGUUUGACUUUGGCCUUCCCUUCCCCCCAGAGAUGAGGACAACGAGAGGGAAUCCUCAUCUCCCAAAAGACCCCAACUCCCCACAGCUGCAUGUCUUGUCUCCUGGCCCUGGCUCCCAAGUUCAUACCCCACAUCCCAAUACUCUCUUCCAUCCUGCUCCCACUGUUGCUGAUGGUCACAGCCCGAUGUCCAGCCCUGCCUCUUUGGGUUUGGGGUCCUCCUCCUUCAUCCAGUGGAGUCUAGCCUGGCUGGACUCUGUCUUUGACCUGGUCUUGGUGGCUGAGUAUUUUGAUGAAUCAUUGGUUCUGCUGGCAGAUGCCCUGUGCUGGGGUCUAGAUGAUGUGGUGGGCUUCAUGCACAAUGCCCAGGCUGGAAGCGAGCAGGGCCUCAGCACUGUCAGGGAUGGUGGACUGGCUACUGAGGACAGGCAGUUGACGGCUCGAGCCCGGGCCUGGAACAACCUGGACUGGGCUCUCUAUGUUCAUUUCAACCACAGCCUGUGGGCACGGAUAAAGCGAUAUGGCCAGAGCCGACUAGAGAGCGCUGUGGCGGAACUCCGAGCUCGAAGGGAGGCCCUGGCUAAACAUUGUCUGGUGGGAGGUGAGGCGUUAGACCCUGAAUACAUCUCUGACCGACGGUUCCGCCCUUUCCAGUUUGGGUCAGGGAAGGUUUUGGGCUAUGUACUUCGAAGUGGACUGAGCCUCCAAGACCAGGAGGAGUGUGAACGCCUGGCUACCCCUGAAUUACAGUACAAGGACAAGCUAGAUGCCAAGCAGUUCCCCCCAACAGUGUCUGUGCCACUCAAGACUGUAAGACUACUCUCUCCAUAGACAUCAGACUAAGUCUUAGGCUGAAGAGCAGUUAGACUAGAAGGGUACAUGUGAUAAGCAGGGGGAAGUCAGAUGCCUUUCUGCUUCCCUCAGAGAGAACGCCUGCACCUUAGAUGACAAAUGGACUUUGCAUGGCCGUGGGCGCAAAUUCUCCAACCUGAGCUAAGGAGUCCCAAAUCCUUCAGCUCCUAGAAGUCCCAAUUCUUCCGUCCCCCACCCAUUUUGCCCAUUCCCUAGUCCAGGUUCAGGGCAGCGCACUCAAACCCCCCUAGAGGAGCAAACCCUGGGGUAAGCCAGUGAAAAUCUGGGGUGCGGAGGACUGGAAUGAAGCGACCGUUCCUCUAUGAAAUAUUUAUUACUGGGCUAUGCUCAUUUCACUAUGAAAUGUUUGUUGAAUGAAUGAAUAAAUAAAUACUUCGAAACGUCCACUUGC